CCACAGCGUCCGCGUGUGAAUUAAGACUGCACCACUUUUUCCUUCAUUCUCUCUCUCUCUCUCUGACCGUGGCUUGUAAGCAACAGCAAUCGCAAGAAGUUGUUAGCAAAAGGAGAAAACCACAAUCAUCAAGUUGCAAUCUUUGCAUCAUCUCCUAUGCACGCCCCUCAAUAAAUACCAUAAAAAAUGAACCCAUGUUCUUCACCAACAACAUAGUUAGUUAGUAAGCUAUAUGACAUGCUUGUGUGGUUGACGUUUCUCUCAAGUCUAAUCUCAAACAGAUCCCAUCCCACAGACUAGUCUGUACUCACACGCCAAUCCAUGGCAGAAACUUGUCUUAUCAUCUACAAGGUGCUCGUGUACAUCUUCUUGAGCUUUGUGCUCACCCAGUCAGCUCCACAGACUGCUCUCGUAACAGAGAUUCCUGGCUUCAGUGGCACUCUCCUUUCCAAACACUACUCUGGGUAUGUGACAAUCGACCAAAGUCAUGGUAAGAAUCUGUUUUACUACCUUGUGGAAUCCGAACGGAACCCAUCUGAGGAUCCGUUGGUUCUGUGGCUUAACGGCGGUCCAGGCUGCUCCAGCUUUGACGGUUUCGUAUAUGAGCACGGCCCUUUCAAUUUUGAAGCAGCAAAGACUAAGGGAGGCCUUCCCCAGCUGCACCUCAAUCCGUACAGCUGGUCAAAGGUUUCCAACAUUAUAUAUUUGGAUUCUCCUGCUGGUGUUGGAUUUUCAUACUCAAAAAAUCAAACAGAUUAUAAAACUGGCGACCUAAAGACUGCCUCUGAUACACACACAUUUCUCCUUAAGUGGUUUGAGUUGUACCCAGAGUUCCUCUCCAACCCAUUUUUUAUUGCCGGAGAGUCCUAUGCUGGAGUAUAUGUGCCGACUCUAGCUUAUGAAGUAGUGAACGGAAUUGAUGCUGGUAUAAAGCCCAUUCUGAACUUCAAGGGUUACUUGGUGGGAAAUGGAGUUGCAGAUGAGGAAUUUGAUGGCAAUGCUCUUGUUCCAUUUGCGCAUGGGAUGGGCCUAAUCUCAGACGACCUAUUUGAGGAGGUUAACAAGGAGUGUGGAGGAAACUACUAUAAUUCACUUGAUGAAACCUGUCAGAGCAAGCUUGCAAAAGUUGAUGAGGACAUAGAUGGUUUAAACAUAUACGACAUUCUAGAACCAUGCUAUCAUGACACAAAUAUAAGAGAGAUUGCAACUGAUAACAUUAGAUUACCAUCCAGCUUCCGCCGAUUGGGUGAGACAGAGAGGCCUCUUGCUGUUAGAAAAAGGAUGUUUGGUCGUGCCUGGCCUCUUAGAGCUCCUGUGAGAGAUGGAAUUGUUCCAACUUGGCCACAGCUAAUAAAUAGCAACAAUGUUCCAUGCACGGAUGAUGAGGUUGCAACAUCAUGGUUGAAUGACAAAGCAGUUAGGAAAGCUCUUCACACUGAAGAGGGAAGUGUGGUGGGUAGUUGGGACUUGUGUACAGACAAAAUUUCAUAUUAUCAUGAUGCUGGAAGCAUGAUCAAUUACCACAAGAACAUUACUUCCAGGGGAUAUCCAGCACUUAUUUACAGUGGUGAUCAUGAUAUGUGUGUUCCAUUCACUGGGAGUGAAGCAUGGACAAAAUCAAUUGGAUAUAAGAUUUUGGAUGAAUGGAGGCCUUGGACUUCAAAUGGACAAAUUGCUGGGUAUACACAAGGGUAUGAUAACAAUCUCACAUUCCUAACCAUAAAGGGAGCUGGGCAUACUGUUCCAGAAUACAAACCAAGAGAAGCAUUAGAUUUUUACAGCCGGUUUUUGUCUGGAAAACCAAUAUGAAAGAAAUAUGCAAGUUCUAAUUGAGAGGGAGAGACAGAGAGGAGUCUUUCCAUUCUGAUUCUUUCCCCACCUUAAAUAUAUGUGGUUUAAGAGUAUGGGAGAAACUUGAUUAUAUCAUAUAAAUGGGAAAAUGAUAUUAUUUA